AUGGCCUCCGACCACGACGACACGAUAAACACGCAGGUGUUCAAAAUCAACAAGCUCAAGACCCGCAGCGUGACGCUGUACCCUUCCCGCGCAGCAGUUGUCCGCGACGUUGAGAAUGUCAAAAUCAAGCCUGGACGUAACGAAAUCUCCAUCAUAGGCAUCAGCAACUAUGCAGACGAAAACACCAUCAAAGUCGAAGGGCACGGCACCCGCGCCCUGAUCACCGACAUUGUGGUGGAGAAGAUUGCAUAUUCUCUCUACGCCGAAUUCGACGAAGACGAGUCUAAGGAAGAGGAGAUGGAUCCGGAGGUUGCGCGGCUAAAGAAGGAGAUUUCUGAGCUGAGCGAAAAGAUCGAGGACGCGCAGGAGAAGCUGAAGUCGUGCUCGAGCCAAAUAGCCUACAUGGACCAGCACGCGACAAGCCUGAGCUCGCGGGACCACCUGACCAGCACAGUGGCGGAUAACCUGAAGCUGUAUGCCGAGUUCCGUGAGAACGUUUACGUAGAAUACAAGGCUGCGCAGACCACCAGCAAGGACUUGCGGAAGGAGCACGACAAGAAGACUCGCGAGUACGAGAAGGCGUGGGCAAGGUGGCAGCACAAGUCAAAAGACGAGAGAGCCCGGGAGGAAAUCGAGAGAAGAAAUCGACCAUCGCAGGUCACAAAGGUCACCGUCACGGUUGAGCUAGACAGCCUCCCCCCCAAAACAGAAUCCGUCGAGUCGUACAUCUCCACCGGUAAACCUGCUAGAGCCAGCGAUGACGAACCGCCAAAGUCGAAAGGUCCAAGCUUGAGGAUCUCAUAUGUCACCGGCGGGGCAGGUUGGAAGCCUCGCUACGAUAUGAGAUUAGAUACAACCUCGGAGACCGCCCUCCUGACGUACCGUGCCGAAUUCUCAAACAACGCCGGCGAGACAUGGACAGAUGCGACGGUCACGCUGUCGACGAGCCAGACAUCAUUCACGGGGCUGGAGGAUAAGGUUCCCUGGCUGGAUUCCUGGAGAAUGAAUCUUCGAAAAGAUGCGGGUGCGGCUGAGGGAUCUCUUGCGCAAGAAAUAUAUUCCACAAAAGAAAAACAGAUGAAACAGGUCAAAAAGAGAAAAAGAGGCAACUCACCCGACUCUUACAGCCCAUCUUACAUAUCUGAGGCAUCGCCUGCGUAUUCGCCUACAUCACCUGUGUGCUCACCACCACGCGCUGCUCCUCCCGCCACAUCGUAUCUUUUCGGGUCAGGGGCUUCUGCCUUUGGAGGUGUAAACGCUUCUGCCUUUGGGGGUGUAAACGCUCCUACAGAACGCCACCAGCAACAUCAGAAGCUCUUUCGCAAACGCACUCGUCCAAGAAAUGUCUUCCUGGAUGUCGAAGCUGAGGUCGACGAACUCUUCAGCGACGAAGAAGAAGAAGAAGACGACGACGACACAAUCGACAUACCCCGAAAAAUGGGUCUUGCUCUCAGUAAAUCCGUGUCCUACGGCCUGACCACCACCUACGAUCUCCCCGGCGCGCGCACCAUCCCCUACUCACGCCUGGCACGUCGCCAUGUCAUCAAGGAGCUCACCCUCCCCAACGUCAAGUUCUCCCACAUCUCCGUGCCCAAGCUCCAGGCCGCCGCAUUCCUCAAGGCGAGGAUCACAAACUCGUCCAGCAUCUCACUGCUGCAGGGCCCCUGUGGACUGACAGUCGAUGGGUCAUUCUUGGGCAACUCAACCGUGGAGAGAUGUGCGCCUGGUGGCACGUUUGAGCUUAGUCUUGGUAUUGACGAGGAGGUGCUGAUAUCGUACCAAAAGCCAGUCAGGAAGAUGGCAAGCCAGGGGAUGCUCUCUCGAGAGCAGGUGGCCACUUAUGAGCGCUCAAUCAGCGUGCACAACGCCAAGAGGAAGAAGGUUGAGGUUCUCCUGUUUGAUCAGGUGCCCGUGAGUGAAGAUGAGAGACUCAAGAUUGCGCUUCUCACCCCGAAGGUGCGCGAGGAGGGGCUCAUGUCGGCUGCGAGCGUUAAUAGCACAGGAGGGAAGGAACUCAUGGUGAAUAGGUUGUUGAAGAAAGGUGGAGAGAUUAGGUUUGUCGUGCCGUUGGAUAAAGGGGAUGGUGUUGUGUUGCCCGUGGAGUAUGAGGCGAGAUUUCCAAUCGGUGAACACAUUACGCAGGUUUGA